AUGGACUGCCAAGAAGAUGAAAAAGUAAUUGGAGUCCAUCAACUCCAGGCUCAGCUAGUUAUGAAAAGUGAAAAAUAUAUGCUGGGCUACAAACAGACUUUGAAAAUGAUUCGUCAACGCAAAGCCAAGUUGAUUAUUCUUGUCAACGACAGCCCAGCCUUGAGGAAAUCAGGGAUUGAAUACUAUGCUAUGUUAGCCAAGGUUGGUAUGUAUCACUACAGUGGCAACAACAUUGAACUAGGUACAGCUUGUGGUCUCUUCACAGCUGUUGCAAGUGCCAACAUUUCACCUUAUGCUAUCUGGCAGUUCAGGAAGAUGAUUAUGUGUGUGGAUCCGAGCAGUUCUCCCAUUCUGGAUUACAACGAUUAUGGAUGUAACUGUGGAUUUGGUGGUACUGGGACAUAUGUUGACGAAUUAGACAAGUGUUGCCUCAAUCAUGAUAAAUGCUAUAUACAGGCAAAAAAGGAUCACUGCAGGUAUCUGAUAGACAGCCCAUACAUUGAACUUUAUGACUAUUCUUGUUCUGAAAAGAAUGUCAUCUGCAGCGACAAGAACAAUUCAUGUGAGAAUGAUCUUUGUAAUUGCGAUCGUACGGCAGCCAUCUGCUUUUCUCAUUCCAAAUAUAAGCCUGAAAAUAAAAACCUUGACAGGAAUCGCUACUGCUGA